CAGCCGGCGGGGGCGGCGUCACUGAGCCGCGCCAGCUGAGCGGGUGGAGCCCGGCCCCUCGGUCGUGCCUUCUCGGUGUGGCUUGCUCCUUCGCUCGCCGCCUGUGGACCCCGCUUCCAUGUCCCUGGUGGGCACAGCACCCCGGAACCUCCACGCCCAUGGCCGCUAGCCUGAGGGAGCCCCCCUUCAUCUCCUCUCCUUCCUCGUCCAGCUGCGACACGGACGACGAGGGCGUGCGCGGCACCUGCGAAGAUGCCUCUCUGUGCAAGAGGUUUGCAGUCAGCAUUGGCUACUGGCAUGAUCCCUAUAUCCAGCACCUUGUGAGGCUGACUAAAGAGAGGAAGGCCCCUGAAAUUAACAGAGGGUAUUUUGCUCGAGUCCAUGGUGUCAGUCAGCUUCUGAAGGCUUUUCUCCGGAAGACAGAAUGUCAUUGUCAGAUUCUGAAUCUUGGGGCUGGGAUGGAUACCACCUUCUGGAAACUAAAGAGCAGAAGUUGCGAACUCCAGGCCACGGACAAAUCUGGCUCACCACCUGUGUUUGAUGAAGAUCUUCUCCCAAGUAAAUAUUUUGAAGUUGACUUUCCAAUGAUAGUCACGAGAAAGCUGCACAACAUCAAAAACAAGCCUCUCCUGUCUAAACCCAUCAUAGAAUUACAUUCGGAGGACAUGCUUCAGAUGGAUGGGCACACACUGGAUUCAAAGAGAUACGCCAUUAUUGGAGCAGAUCUCCGAGACCUAUCUGAACUGGAAGAGAAACUAAAGAAAUGUAACAUGAAUACACAAUUGCCAACACUCCUGAUAACUGAAUGUGUGCUGGUUUACAUGACUCCAGAGCAGUCGACCAGCCUCCUAAAGUGGGCAGCCAACACUUUUGAAACGGCCAUGCUCAUAAACUAUGAACAGGUAAACAUGGACGAUCGGUUCGGGCAGAUCAUGAUCGAAAACCUGAGGAGACGACAGUGUGACCUGGCGGGAGUGGAAACCUGCAAGUCACUGGAGUCCCAGAAGGAGCGGCUCCUGGCGAGUGGCUGGGAAACGGCGUCCGCAGUGGACAUGAUGGAGUUGUACAGCAGGUUGCCGCGUGCGGAAGUGAGCAGAAUCGAAUCCCUGGAAUUCCUGGAUGAGAUGGAGCUUCUGGAACAGCUCAUGCAGCAUUACUGCCUGUGUUGGGCAACCAAAGGAGGACAGGAACUUGGUCUGAAGGAGAUAACUUGCUGAUCUAUUGAAAGUUCCUGCUGAGCCGGAAGCCAAGCUGUCUUCCCUUCCCGGAGAUGCACUGAGCUUCCUGAGUGACGGGCGGGCGGAGGGUGACCUCGUCUGUCCAUCUCAUCCCACACUCUGAGAAACCUUAUUGUGAAGGUGGUCACACCAGUUCCUCUUCCUGUUGACUUAUUGUUUAAAUAAAUCUCACUUGCCAAA